ACGAACUCACGUCGAGGCGCUGCGAUGUACGCUAUUGAUGACAAGUUGCACGUCGGGCCGUCGAGGGGGUCACUGACACGUUCAAAGCCUGCAAGCGGCAAGCCGCGCAGGUCGCAAGGAGGGGACGGGACAGAGGGCGCACAUGGCGUCGCAAGGCGCUCAAGCGGAAACCGAUAUCGGUCUUGCUGAGCCCCUCAAGCGAAGGCAGGCAGUCGUCGCGGAGGCGGAGGGGAGACACGGGGCAUGAGUUUCGCGGGGGAGGGGAGGGGAGAACGCGGGAACUGCGCGAGGGCAGACGGUUCAUGGUUGUCAAGGACAAGUGGACUUGUCUUUUCUCGCAUUGCUUGCGUUUUCUCGGUGAGCCAUUCUACAGCUACCGCAUCGUGCAUGAAGAACUCGUUGGCCCUUUCGCCUUGCAGGAGGAGUUCCAUGCAAGCAUAUAUCUCACGCAUGGCGACAUAUCCCCUAACAACAUCCUUGUGGACGACUCCUACAGGCACGUCAGCCUCGUUGACUUCGGCUGCGCGGCGUGGAUGCCGGAAUACUGGGAACUCACGUAUCCAAUUUACGGGCGUCAGCUCUACCCUGGAUGGGUGAAAGCGUUCACGCAUAUGUUCCCUCAGUACAAGGAGGAGUUGGCGGUGGAGAUGGAGCAGCGAAAAUACAUCUCGCUAUGGUAG